CUAGAAUGCUGCGUCAGGCACUUCGCAGACUUGGUCGAAAGCUGGUACGCAGACAUCCCCNAUCCGCUGGAGAAAGUGUUUGAGUUUGAAACUGGCGUAACACUGCGCACUCUGGACUUAGUGGCCCUGGGUGUGGGCCGCACAGUGGGUGUUGGUGUGUAUUUCCUGGCUAAUGAGGUGGCCAGUAAUCAAGCAGGACCAUCUCUUGUGAUCUGCUUUUUGGUGGCCGGCCUAACUUCAAUGUUGGCUGGGCUGUGCUAUGCAGAGUUUAGUGUCCGGGUUCCCCAUCCUGGCUCUGCAUAUCUCUACAGCUUUGUCACCAUAGGUGAACUCUGGGCUUUCAUCACUGGCUGGAACCUCAUCCUCUCCUUUGUUGCUGAUGGAUUCAUUGUGGUCCAAGCCUGGUCCUUGGCUUUUGACAUCCUCUUUGCAAACAGGAUCUCUGAGACCCUGCAUGAGAGCAUCUCAGAGCAAGUUCCCCAAUUCUUUGCAGACAAUGUAAACUACUUUUUUGUCCUCUUUCUGUUUUUCUUCAUGGAAAUUCAAUAUGUGGGUCGACAUGGGUUCUUCAGAAUUUUCGAAGUGUUCACAUUGGUGAAGCUUUUGGCUCUCAGUUUUGUCAUCAUUUCUGGCUUCAUUAAGGGGGACCUGCACAACUGGAAUCUCACAGAAGAGGACUACAUACAGGCUGGACUCAAUGACACCUCUCGCUUGGGCCCUCUGGGCUCUGGAGGAUUCAUGCCUUUUGGCUUCCAGGGGCUUCUCCGAGGAUCAGCUUCCUGUUUCUAUGCAUUUAUAGGUUUCAGCAUUAUUGUUACCAGAGUCAAAGAAUCGCACAAUCCUCAGCGUUCCAUCCCCAUGGGCAUUGUGAUUUCACUGCUCAUCUGCUUUUUGGUGUAUUUCGGUGUCUCUGCGGCACUUACACUCAUGGUGCCUUACUACCAGCUUCGACCUGGGAGCACCUUGCCUGAGAUAUUUCUCCAUAUUGGCUGGGUCCCUGCCUACUAUGUUGUAGUUAUUGUAAUGUUUUGUAAUGUUUUUGUCUACGCCUACUGGAGCUUUACAUUCCCCAUACGUUUGGUGAUAUACAUGAUGGCAGAGGAUCGCCUCCUGUUCCCUGUCCUUACCAGGAUCCGUACUCACACAUGUGGCCGCAUCAUAGCCAUUGUGAUCUUUGUCACUAUUGCAGCAAUAAUGGUAUUCUUCUUUGGAAUCACUGAUCUUCUGGACCUGAGGUCAUUUGGGACCCUGAUAUCUUAUUCCCUGAUAGCUUUUUGUGUUCUCAUCGUCAGGUAUCAACCUAAGAGGAGGAAGGAAGAAAAUGAAGAAGCACUGCAGGAGAAUGGGGGAAAUGAAAUGCAGGUGCAGGAGGAGAACGGACCUGCAGCAGAGAAGCUGACUCUUAGGGGACUAUUUUUUCCAGGCAGCCCCACCCCCACUCCACUCUCUGGCCGGGUUGUCUAUGUUUGCUCC